AUGUCGGUGCGCCGCGGCCGGCGGCCCGCGCGGCCCGCCACCCGCCUCUCCUGGCUGCUGUGCUGCAGCGCCCUGCUGUCGCCGGCCGCGGGCUACGUGAUCGUGAGCUCGGUGUCCUGGGCCGUCACCAACGAGGUGGACGAGGAGCUGGACAGCGCCUCCACCGAGGAGGCGCUGCCCGCGCUGCUGGAGGACUCGGGCAGCAUCUGGCAGCGCAGCUUCCCGGCCUCGGCGCACAAGGAGGACGCGCACCUGCCGCCCCCGCCCGGCGCCGCCCGCGCCAGGCCGCCCCCCGCGCCGCCCGGGAUGUUCUCCUACCGGCGCGAGAGCGGCCCCAGGCUGCGCCCCGGCACCGCCCGCUUCCUGGCCCACGCCAGCGCCUGGGGCUGUCUGGCCACCGUGUCCGCCCACGAGAAGAUCCCAGGACUGCCGUUUGGGAACUGCCUGCCCAUCAGCGAUGGCCCCUUGAACAACAGCACUGGGGUUCCUUUCUUCUAUGUGACACCCAGGGACCCUGCAGUGGCCGAUCUGAUGAAAAACCCCAUGGCCUCCCUCCUGCUGCCGGAAUCGGAAGGAGAGUUCUGCAGAAAAAAUAUCGUCGACCCGGAAGACCCCCGAUGCGCCCGCCUGACACUCACCGGCCAGAUGAUCCCCGUGUCUCCAGAAGAAGUAGAAUUUGCCAAGCAAGCCAUGUUUUCAAGACACCCCGUGAUGAGGAAGUGGCCUCGUCAGUAUGAGUGGUUCUUUAUGAAGAUGAGGAUAGAACAUAUCUGGCUUCAGAAAUGGUAUGGAGGCGUAUCCGACAUUAAAAAGGAGGACUACUUCAAAGCAGUCCCACGCAAGGCCUGAUGCAGUGAGCAGAAAGUCCUCGGGGUUUGCAGGAAACGAGACCCCUUUCCGUCACGCUGCCACACGGUGCCUGACGGCUGUCUGUCUCUUGCCAGCUUCCCGGCCGCCCUGUCACCCUCACCGCAGAACGAGAGAGGGUGACCGGGGAACCCUGGGCCUGGCUGGCGAUUAGAGUGGUCAUUUGCAAGCCCCCAGUUCACGCAGGUGCUCACGUAUAUAUAGCCUCCGUUUGUAUCGUAUUCCACCCAGUCUCGCCGACUAGGGAACCCUCAUGGUUCUCAAAGCGACAUGCUGAGACCGUUGCCAUUCCAUUCCUUAGAACAACAAAAAAAAAAGUAUGUGCCAUGUGAUUGCAUUGUAUUGUGAGAGUAUUUUUGUUGCUUGCUGUGCCCAAAGCAGUCUUGGUUCGGAGCUCACCGCGAGCACAAAGGAGCUAAACGUGCAUCGCGUGGCCACGGUCUUGUGUUUGGGGUGAGCACGCAGGACUGGUUGUCUGUGGAGUGCUCAUCAUGCUACUUACUGGACUGCAGAUGCAUGAUCAAGUCACAUUUGCUAGAAUGUCCUGGUCACGUAGGAAGCCUUUGUCCCACUACAACCUGACAAACCACCUGUGAACACAGAGUCCUGGGCGAAGCCCCGUUCUGUGUGAGCAGGCCGUGGUGACUCCUUCAUCGGGUGGGACAGCUUCAGCACCAAGCUCCCCAGAUCCCCACAGCUAAUGCUUCUGACAGAGGGUUCCUGUCCCUUAGGCACGAGGAGUGGCAUCCAAAAAAAAGCAUCUCAUUCUGUGGCAUGUAGAGAGGACAGGGGAGAGGAGAGGAGCAGGGAAGGAAGCAAGGAAGCAAAGAAGUCAGUAAUUGGAAGCAUACUCCCUGCCCAGCCUUGGACCAGGGCCUUGGCAAGAUUAUCUCAUGUCAGCCUGACAACCAGUGAGAGUCACAUCAUUGUUGCCACUUACAUACAAGAGAAUUGGGGCUCAGACAGGCUAGGUCAGCGUCCCAGGGCCUGACUCACCACACACAAUGGAUGGAGUGGUACUUAGACAAGUUCCAAUCUUGAGAACAAGAGAGUCACUGAAAUGCAUGGGUGGUCAUUGAAUCAGCAAAAUCAGUAAAAUGAGGAUUAACCUGCCUAGGCUGAUUUGCCACGGUUAACUAUAAAAAAAAAAAAAAAGUCUUUGAAAUUUGAUUGUUACUACAGAUUUAAAAUUUUCUACAAAUUAUAUGCAGGAGCUCCUGGUUUUUCAAGAAACGACAUUGUACCUGAGUACACAUCUAAGGCCUAUAAAGGACCUAUGUGUAUACAUCCAAGACCUCUUACACUGAAGUCUGUAAAGAUCUAGUAGUACCCAGUUUUCUGUCUUUUUAUAAUGGCUAUGAACCCUCUGUGGUGGGUUAGGUGUGUUGUAUAACAUAAAAAUACACUAUAGGAAAUAUACAUUUUUUAAAAUAAGUAAAAUGUUAUUAAUGAUUUUACUUUAAAAAAUUAAGACAUGAACAGACUUUGAGGUGUCAAAAUAUUUUUAAGUGCCUGUUACAAAAAGCAUGGUAAGAUGCACAGAAUUCUUUUUUGUCAAAAGCCAAUUCUCAAAAGAGUUCCUAACAAUAACAAUUUCUAAUACAUAAGAAUAAGGUCACUUUGAUGGUAUUUUGUAUUUCUGAGUUAAAAAUUAUCGCUACCCCCAGUUUAGAGGUAAGAGGGGAAAACCAGAAGGAUAAACCACAUACUCCAUAAGUCAACCUCAUACCUUAAUUCUUUGGGCAUCACUACCUCUUGAUUCUGUCUUAUGAAUAAUGUUCGUAUGCUAAGUUUGCUUUUAUAAUCAGGUUCCACUCAGCUCAUUAAAGCCCUCUUUGCUGCUUCAGGGGGCUUUGCAGGAUGGGUGCCAUUUAUAACCACUAAUGAAUGUUAUCAAUUAUUUAUCCAAAUGAUAGGAAAUGAGGUCUAAACAGGUUGGAUGAUAAGAGUGUUCAAAGUGUAUCUGGCCCCAUUCAAGCCAGUAGGUUUCAGCAAAUCUCUGAAAAUUUACCUUGAUGAAAAUGUUGAAGGGUGUACUGGAAAUUCUGCACAUGGCAAUAAACAAGAAAAGAAAUUAAAUGCAUGUGACUGGAAAGAAAUAAAAGUAUCUCUGUUUACAGAUGACAUGAUUGUCUACAUAGCAAAUUCCAAAGAAUCUAUUUAAAAAAAAAAAAGUCAAAGAACUAGUGGGUUCAGCAAGGUUUCAGGAUACAAGGUCAGCACACAAAAUGUAAUCACAUUUCUAAAUAUUAACAAUGAACAAAGUGGGGCGCCUGGGUGGCUCAGUCGUUAAGCAUCUGCCUUCGGCUCAGGUCAUGAUCCCAGGGUCCUGGGAUCGAGUCCCGCAUCGGGCUCCCUGCUCGGCAGGAAGCCCGCUUCUCCCUCUCCCACUCCUCCUGUUUGUGUUCCUGCUCUCGCUAUCUCUCUGUCAAAUAAAUAAAUAAAAUCUUUAAAAAAAAAAAAAACAAUGAGCAAAGUGGAAACCAAAAUUAAAAGCACAAUACCAUUUACAGUCACUCCAAAGAAAAUAAAUAUUUAGGUAUAAUUUAUCAAAACAUGUAUGAGAUCUAUAUGCUGACAAUUAAAAGAUGCUAAUGAAAGAAAUCAAAGACCUAAAUAAAUGAAGAGAUACACCAUGUUCAUGGAUUGGAAGACACAUAAUAGCAAGGAUGUCAGUUCUUCCCAGAUUUACCUAUAGAUUUAAUGCAAUUUCUGUCAAAAUCCCAGCAAAGUUUGUAGACAUAUUCAAGUUUUUCUAAAAAUUCCAAGGCACAGGCCUUGGAAUAGCUAACAACAGUCUUGUAAAAGAAAAACCAGUAGGAGAAAUCACUCUAUUCAAUAUAAAAAUUUAUUAUGUAGCUACAGUAAUCAAGACAAUAUGGUUUUUAUUGGUGAAGGCACAGAGAUCAAUAGAACAGAAUAGAAAAUCUGGAAAUAGAACCACACAAAUAUACUCAAUUGGGUUUUAUAUAAGGGUACAAAAGUAAUUCAAUGGAGGGAGGAUAAUCUUUUCAAUAAAUGUGUUAGAGAAUGAGAUAUCAACAGGCAAAUAAAAACCUCAACCUAAACCUCAUUCCUUAUAUGAAAAUGAACUCAAAAUGGGUCAUAAUCCUAUAUAUAAAAUGUAAAACUAUAAAAGUUUUUUUUAAAAAAUAGAAAAUUGUAGGGACCUAGGGCUAAGCCUCAAGAGUACUUUGAUUUGACACCAAAAAGCACAAUCCGUAAAGGAAAGCUUGAUAAAUUCAUCAGAAUUUAAAACUUUGGCUCUGAAAAAGACCAUGUUAAGAGAAUGAAAAGACAGGCUACAGACUGAGAGAAAAUAUUUGCAAGCACAUAUCUGACAAAUGACUAAUAUCUAGAAUAUAUGGAGAACUCACAAAACUCAACAAUUUUUUUUCUAAAAACUCCAUUUCAAAACUGGAGGAUAUAUACAAACAUUUCACUGAAGAAGAUACACAAAUGGCACAUAAGUCCAUGAAAAGAUACUCAACAUCAUUGAUCAUUAGGGAACUGCAGAUUAGAACCACGGUGAGAUACCACUGUGCACUUAACAAAAUUGCUAAGAUAAAGUAACAACAACAAAUAUUAGCAAGGAUGCAAAGAAACUGGAUCAGUCGAACAGAGCUGGUGGGAAUGUAAAAUGGAACAGUCACUCUGCAAAACCAUUGGCAGUUUCCUAUAAAACUAAACAUGCAGAUGCCAUACCUUUCAGCAAUUGCACUGUUGGGCAUUUAUCCCAGAGAAAUGGAAACUUACGUUCGCACAAAAACUUGUACAUGAAUGUUCAUAGCAGCUUUAUUCAUAAUAUUCAAGAACUGUAAACAACCAGAUGUCCUUUAACGGGUGGCUGGUUAAACAUGUGAAACAUCCAUGCCAUGGAAUACUACUCAGCAAUAAAAAUAAUUUCUCACAUGAGCAACAACUUGGAUGAAUCUCCAGAGAUUUAUGCUGAGUGAAAAGUCAAUCCCACAGGGUUACAUGCUGUACAAUUCCAUUUAUACAACAUUUUGAAAUGCAAAAUUCUAGAAAUGGAGAACAGAUUAGAGGUUGCUAAGGAGGAGGGUGGAGGAGAGAAGUGAGUAACACGAGGGAUCCUUACGAUGGAAACGUUCUGUGUCUUGACUGUAUCAAUGUCAAAAUCCUGGUUGGGAUAUGGUAUAGUUUUACAAGAUAUUACCCUUGAGGAAAACUGGGUAAAAGGCAGACAGGAUCUCUUUGUAUUAUUUCUUACAACUGCAUGUGAAGCGACAAUUUCUGCAAUUAUCUCAGAAUCUGCAAUUAUCUUAGAGUAAAAAGUUUAGUACAAACAAAAUAUAAGGUUUAGCUUAUGUGCUAAGGCAUUUAUGCUAUAUCUUGUUCGUCCCUAAUGAAAACAAAGAACUGAACUAUGCCAAAAUCUAGCAGAACAGACAUUAGUUGUCUUUGGUUAACCAUUAAUAUAUGCAUUUGUGAAAGAGGGAGAAGAUUUAAGUUUCCUUAAAUGUAUUCAAUUUAAUAUUGAAUACAAAUUAAUAAGAAUUCAACAAAUCUCUAUAUAGAUUUUAUGUGGGACACUUAGAAAGGGAGGAUAUCUUCAAGUUUCUGACAUAAGCAUGUUGAGUAAGCUAUAGGUACAUAUAGGAAUCCAAGUCUGUACAUAGUGAUUCUCCCCUGAUGUUUAUAGCAAAGAACUGUAUUCCCGGUAAUCUUCCUGGAAUAUUCCUAAAUAUUCUGGGAAAUAAUUCUUUUGUUUCUGUGAAUAACUAUAUCCUGACCCCCAUGUUUUUAUUUAUAGUGAUUGUACAUGUCCAUGAUGUUGACAUAGAGAAUACAAUUCUGAUGUUAUUUCAAUAUACCUUGUAUGUAUUGAUGCAUUAUGAAAGAGUUAUUUUUUGGUUGAGAUGUAUUUCUGCAAUUUUUCCAGAAAGUCAGUAUUUCACUUUUAAUGAUUUAACCAUCAAAUGCUGUUCUGAAAAUAAAACAUCUCUAGGAUAAUUUAUUGAUGCACAUUUGAUUGCUAUAACAGCAAGUCAGUUAUUAGAAAAUUUGAAUUAUAGUGAAGCUAUGGUUUGUCUAUGCUAUGUAAUGCAUGUGGAGUGUGAAAUCUAUUUUCAACACUAGUCAUGUCUAUUUAACCAAAGACUAUUUCAUUCUUGG